UUGGAUGCCAUGGUGGGUUUUUUCCCUCCUCUGACAUGUGCUUGAAUUGCAGCUGAAAGGAAAUGUGUCAUCUGUGGUUUUAGUUUUAAAAGUGGAAAGCUCGCGGCAAGUCGCCGUCCUUGCUGCAGACUGACUUUUUCACAGUCUCCACGUCUCCUCUGAGUUAAGGUUUUUGUCAGCUGGGUUUCAAGAAGAGAGAGAGAGAGAAGCGGUGGCUAAAACACUCCCUUUCCUAGCAGAUUCUGACCAGCUUUUGUCAGAUAGAUUCCCAGGUGAGCUUGGCCAUGGAAGCCACAGGCUGUCACCUGCACGCUGCUCUUCUGGCAACCACCAUCUUCUCCUGGCUACCUCAAGCCAGAGCCAACGCCACGUCCCUCUGGGUUAUCAACAGCACAGACUGGGAUCCCAUCAUUCAGAGUAAAACAAACCGGAGUGAGGACAGACGCCCCGUAAACCUGGGGACUCCAGAAAACGAGAUGGUCAAUACUUCCAGCACGCCCGGGAUGAGGACGGCGUCCCCUCCCUCCCUGUCCUUAGCUCCUCCAUCUGGACGAGAUAUCGACACCCCUUCUCCUCCUGGGCACAGCAGCACUCCCACAAUGCAGACCAUUGAGCGCACAAGCAAGAGUCAGGAUGACAUUUUUAAAAGGGACAUUUGUGAAGAAAGCAACAACAAAAUGGCUAUGCUGGUCUGCUUGAUCAUCAUUGCAGUGCUUUUUCUAAUCUGCACCCUCCUAUUUUUGUCCACUGUGAUUCUAGCAAACAGAGUGUCCUCACUCAAGCGAUCCAAGCAAAUGUGUAAGCGACAGACAAGAAGCAACGGGGAUUUUCUGGCAAGCAGUGUCCUGUGGCCAGCAGAAUCCGACACAGGAAAGAGGGCAGAACAGCUGACGGGGACCCGGAUGAUGCUACAGGCCACUGGAACCCUCACCCUUCCAAAGGAAAGAAAAGAUGACGCAGCAACCGAGAAACUCACUCACUGAGAGGGGGCAAAUAGAAGGGAUCAGUAAAGCUGGGCUGUGAAGACUUCCAACAAAAAGGAAGUCACUGAGUACCUUUACUGCUGAUAUUCUAGAACCUGAUAUGGCAAACCUGGAAACCAAAAGACAGACAGGAAGGAUGAAAGGGAAAAGUAUGCCCGCGUGGGAGUUCUAAUCCUGACUCUUCUACUGCUGGGUAGUCCUGGCCAAGUCACCUAACCUUUAUUAGGGGCCUCAGUUUUCAGAUCUAGAGGGCGAGAGGCCUAUGAUCCUAUUCAGUCAAACACUUGGAGCUGUGCACUAUUAUUAUGAUGCUGAAAAUUUCAUAGGCUUCAUGGGACCAAGAUAUUUCAAGUAACCAAAGAUACCAGAAGGUUUUAAAAAUAAGAUGGCAAAGAAUCUGGAAUGGAGAGAAAUGGAGAAAAGAUGAGCAUGAGACAGACCAUGGGAAACUCCCUACAUUCAGUAAGAGCACUUGAUAGGAACUCCAUCUUGACCUGGUGCAAAUAAUUUAAAUUUGAAUAGUUUAGGCCCGUCCUCAUAACCGGUCAUCUAUUUCUACCUGUUAACAAGACCCAUCAAAAUUCUAACUCACUUCAAGGCCUACAGUCUGCCUCCAUUGCCACAAAGCUUGUUUUAAGUCAGUGACAUGUUGAUCUUCCCAUUCUCUGCGAGCAUUCAGAAUGCUUAUUAAAUGCUAUUUGAUGUGAUAAAUAUUGGAGUCAACCUUUCACUUGUAUGCCAAAUAAAAGCUGGCGGCAGUAAUUCUUCUAACCAUGUACACUAGCUCCUUGAAAAAGCUGUCUACACGUCCCAAGCUCAUUCCUCCACCACACACCUCGUGCUGCCUUUUCCCAGCUCACUGAUGGCAAUGGGAUGGCCAAGCUGGCAUCAUCUCUGCUCUCUGCAGAGCUCAAUUUUGCCAAGCAUGCCAUUCUUUCCCAUUAUUUUCUAUUUCACUCUUUCCCCUGAAAGAAUCAAGCUUCUUGGGGCCAAGGACCCUUUCACCUUUUUGUAUUUCCAGAGCCUUACACAGUGUGCCUGGAACAUAGUGGGCAUUUAAUCAGUAUACACUUGCUCAUCCACCAAUUCUCAUCUCUCUUUUCUCCUCUUUCCUCUCACAUCCCUUAUACACAAUGAGGCAUCCCACAGCUUGAACUACUAUCUUUCUGACCAUAAUUUCCACAUCAGCAUGCUUAAUUUUUUUUUCUUUUCUGUUUUUUUGUUUGUUUGUUUUUUGGUGAGGCAAUUGAGGUUAAGUGACUUGCCCAGGGUCACACAGCUAGUAAGUAUCAAGUGUCUGAGGCCGGAUUUGAACUCAGGUCCUCCUGAAUCCAGGGCCAGGGCUCUAUCUACUGCGCCACAUAGGUGCCCCAGCAUGCUUAGUUUUAACCUAAGCAUCAGAUCUGCAUUUCCAACUGUGACCUGAGGGUCUUGCCAGGUUCUCCAAAAUCAACCUGACCAUGUUUGACCUCCCAAAUCUGUCCUGUUUUGUGUAGGGUGGGAAACCUGCCUUCACACUCACUGUCCUUGGCUCCCAGGAGAAUGCAGGGCCUCCUCCCUCCCCCUGGGCUCCAGCUUCCUUCCCCAACAAACCAAUGCCAGGUUGAUCUUCCUAAGGCACAGAUCUGAUCCCAACACUCUUCUGCUAACAGACUUCCUGAUGUUCUCCAGUGCCAAAC